AGAGAGAAAAAAACUUUUGAAUAUCUCUUUUUCCUUCUUCCUUUUUUUUGGCGUCAUCCACGAGGAGCUGUGCCAAAUAAUCCAAGGCACACAACAACAACAAAAGUACAUGAUUUCAUAUGAUUCAAGGUGGAGAUAGUUGAAGGAAAGAAGCAGAUCAAGUCCACAAAGGAAAAAAAAAAGGGUGUCGGGGCUGCGCGCACUUGCAUGGCUCGUCGGUGAAAAAAGCCGCGGUACCUCAUCCACACCACCUCCGCCACUAAUCAUAAAUAGAUGUGAGAACUUCAGUGUUGGACCUCCAUCUUCAGCCUGCACUUUAUUCGACAGUGACUCGAGAUUCCUGCGAAGCAAUUGGGCUUCAACUCCCGAGCGAGGAGGCGGAGUCUUAACUUAUUAAAAGGAACUUGCUGAAGCUCGGACGCCAGCAAAUAUGAUGAUGAUGUCUCUCAACAGCAAGCAGCCUUUCGCCAUGGCUCACACCAGCUUGCCCGAACCCAAGUACUCGUUGCAUUCCUCCUCAUCCUCCACGCUGACUUCCAAUGCACCUUCCUCCUGCUCGUCCUCCCGACACAGCAACACCAUCAUCAGCAGCAGCUCGGAGGCGAUGCGGCGAGCCUGUCUCCCAACCCCACCGAGCAAUAUAUUCGGAGGCUUGGAUGAGAGUUUGUUGGCCCGAGCUGAAGCUCUAGCGGCGGUGGAUAUAGUCUCGCAGACCAAGAGCCACCACCACCCUCCACACCACAGUCCCUUCAAGCCGGACGCAACCUACCACACCAUGAACACUCUCCCCUGCACCUCGUCUUCCUCCUCCUCCUCGGUGCCUAUCUCUCAUCCGUCCGCCUUGUCUGGCCACCACCAUCACCACCACCAUCACCACCACCACCAGCCUCACCAGGCGCUGGAAGGAGACCUGCUGGACCACAUCACCCCGGGACUGGCACUAGGCGCCAUGGCUGGGCCGGAUGGCUCGGUGGUUUCCACGGCUGCACACCCUGCCCACAUGGCGGGCAUGAACCACAUGCACCAGGCAGCCAUCAACAUGGCUCAUGCCCACGGGCUACCGCCGCACAUGGGCAUGAAUGAUGUGGACGCCGAUCCAAGGGACUUGGAAGCGUUCGCGGAGAGGUUUAAGCAGAGACGGAUCAAACUCGGGGUUACGCAGGCGGAUGUAGGGGCAGCUUUGGCCAGCCUUAAGAUUCCUGGGGUGGGCUCCCUCAGCCAAAGCACCAUUUGCCGAUUCGAGUCCCUCACACUCUCACACAACAACAUGAUCGCGUUGAAGCCCAUCCUGCAAGCGUGGCUAGAAGAAGCCGAGAAAUCACACAGGGAGAAACUUAAUAAACCCGAGUUGUUCAACGGCGCUGAGAAAAAGAGGAAGCGCACGUCGAUAGCUGCGCCGGAGAAGCGAUCACUGGAGGCCUACUUUGCCAUUCAGCCGCGUCCCUCAUCGGAGAAAAUCGCAGCAAUCGCAGAAAAGCUGGACCUGAAAAAGAACGUGGUGCGGGUCUGGUUUUGCAACCAGCGGCAGAAACAGAAACGAAUGAAAUACUCAGCAUGCGUCUAGAAAAAUCGCUUUAAACCACCGAACCACCCACCAAAAGACUUGGAACUGUUUAGAGACGAUUUGUAUCAUAUUUCCUAUCACACCUUUUUUCAAUCAUCGACGACUUUGUGCUAUGAACUUCGAAAAAUUCCUAAAAAACAAAAAAACUGUACAGACUGAAAAAAACAACAACUUCAAAAAAAAAAGAAACAAAAAAAAACCGCCCCACCACAGUCACAUCUUUUACUCGCUGAGUGAGAGGGAGAUAUGGAGUCAAGUAAAGACAGAGCAAGUAAGAACACUGUUUCCACACUUAUUCACCUUUUUAAUGACUUACAGGACUCCAUAUCCUUUCAUUGUUUUUUAUUUAUGAUCAUUAAUUUAAAAUGAGGACUAUGGUUUCCGUUAGACACGAAUAAAAACGGCGUUUGACUAUAGUUUAUCUUAAAAGCACUUGGUUGGUGACUAUUGGUGUUUAUAUAUUCCGUUGGCUUAUAGGAUAAGCUUCGUUUUGUUUUUCUCCCUCAGAGUUUCAUGACGAUGCAGUCUGACAUCUAUUCAGGGUCCACGAGGGGAUUUAAGACAACAACACUCUACUCGGUCUUAAAAGCUAAUAUUAGAUUACUGCCAAAUAACCCUCUGUAAAUGAAUUAUUAACUUGUCAAACACUUAAUUUUGUGUCUAAAUGUGUAAUUAAUUCCACAUAUUUUGUUACCAUGUGUGAUCUAAGUCAGGGAUAUAUUUUCAUGAUAGCUGGGGUUUCGGGUUAUUGAGGUAAGGGGUUGUUUAUAAUAAGGCCUCAAUGUGGGGAAAUAUCCAAGUAAGGAUUUCAGAGACUUUCCCAAUUAAAACAUGCGAUUUCUCGCCGGCUGCAAUAAGUUUACAAUUCAGCGUGGGCCUGUAUCUUAUGAACUAUUUAUUGAGUGAGGUCAUGUUUACUUCAUUAUAUAUUUAUUGGGAUUCCCCGGCUUCCUCGUUUUGCUUGAGAAAAUCAAAUUCUGACAGCAAGUGAACGUGUGUUGUUCUGGUUUAAAAGGGAAACUGACUGCGAAAUGAUACAGUCACAAAAUUUUUAAUUUUACGAUUUCUAACGUUCGAGACGGUACAAUCGAGAUAUAUAUGAGAUAGUAUUCUCUUUUUAAAAUUAUUUUAUGUAUGUUCUCUGCUAUUUAUUUGUAUAAAUAGGCUAUACGCGCAUCAUUAUGACGUCGUUGCUUGUUAAAAAAAAGUCACCUUGUUUAAGUAAUGCUAUUAUUUCUGUUUUCUUGAAAAGAAACAGCUUCAUGGAAGUUAUACGUGUACAAUGUAAAUAGUUCAUUGGAACCAGUCGAUGCACAUAAAUAUAUCCGUACAGGUUUUUGCUGUAUUGUUGUUUUAGCUGAGGUAACUUAUUUCUGUAAUGUAUGUUGCUUUAGGUUUCCUGGUUAAAUUAUUCUAUUAAUUUAUGACAUUCAUGUGAUUUUUUUCCAUUUAUUUAAUUAUUGAACUGCAAUAUGUGUUUCAUUAAAAGAACAAACUUUAA